AUGCCCACUCACGGUGUGUGACUGUUCUGGUAUUGUGAUUUUCUACUGCACAGCAUCCAAGAACUUUUGGGGAAUACACUGAAGAAAGUGAUCUCAACCAGAGGACUCCAGCUUACACUGUUUUCUGUGGUGCAUGAUGUGUCGCCUCCUGAACGUCCUGCUGGCUUUGCUGAGUCGCUUCCUGUUUGCGGUCCAUGGCGUGGUGACAGUGUGGCGUGUGGUGGCCGUUAAAGAGGAGCCGCUCUAUUGGCUGCUGCUGACGGGCGUAGCUCUGCUGGGCGUGGAAAUGGCUGUCACUCUGAAGUGCACUCAAAAUGCAGAGUGGAAAUGGUUCUCCCCCAUGGUUUUCCUCUACCUCAGUACUGUCAUCCCGUCCAUUUGGUUCCUGGAGCUGAGCCUGCUGCAGUCCAAGCUGCCUGUCAACAAUUCCUCAGGCCCUGAGCUUCAUUUGCUGGCUCGCAUCCCGAUCACAGCGGGCAUCGUGGAGCUGGACCCAGAGAACUGGGUGGCUGGCCUGGAGCAAACUAUGCUUAUAGUGCUGGUUCUGGGUCGGUGGCUGAUGCCCAAAGGGGACAUGUCCCGUGACCAGCUCUCCCAGCUCCUCAUGGUCUACGUGGGACUGGGCGCCGACAUCCUGGACAUCUUCGAUACCUUCAAGGAACCUGAGGUUAAAACCAACCGAGCGGUCGUCAUCAUGGGCCUGGGCCUUUUCUCUUGGGCGCUCAUGCAGUUUCCUCUGGUGCUCACCCAGACACAACCCUCAAAGGGAGAGCCUCCACGGAGCAGUGUAGGUGGCGCUCCAUCGUCAUUCACCUCCUGCUGCUCCAGCGAAGUGUGGAGCUUGCUGCUCACGGUAGGACUCCAAGAUGGCCCAUUUCUGCUUUACCGGCUCUACCUCAUGGUCCAAGAGCAGGUACUCAACCAGCUGAUGAUCUUCUUCACCUGCAAGAACAUCCUCAUCGUCCUCUUGGAGCUUUAUAGAAUCUUUGUGGUGCAGUGCGAGCAGCCGGUUGGGGAAUCGAGGUCGGAGAGGUGUGCUGCUUUGGUGCGGUGUCGAACCCAGAGGGGAAGGGAGGAGGAGGAGGAGGAGGAGGAAGAAGCAGGUGGAGAGGGGCAGAGCUGUCAUACAGACACAGAGAGGGGCACUGAGAGGGAGGAAGAUCAGAGAGGUGUCCAGGUAUAG